AUGAAUGCCGAUCUCCACGUCAGCGUUAGCGACGAUGAGGAGGGGGGAGAGAACGGCACCGGCGGCACGUCCACCCCGGCACCCGCGAACCAGCUCACCACCGCAACCACGACCACGACCGACUUCCCCCCGCGUGCGAACUCCGUCUACGUCGCCUACCCUCGCCCAGCUAUCCAAAUCAACGGUGUCAGCACCACCACCCUCAUGCCCUCCACCGUCGGUCGUCACAACGGCUUUCUGCGCACCUACAAGGUACUGCUCGUCGGAGAAGCUGGCGUGGGCAAGUCCAACCUAAUGCACCGUUACUGCUACAAUCAGUACGACCCGACGCUGCCCUCCACCCUCGGCGCGGAGUUCUGCUCCCGUGAGGUGGACAUCCCAUCUGGUCCGGUCGGGGCCACCGAGAGCGUCGUCCUGCAGCUGUGGGACACGGCAGGGCAGGAGCGGAACGCCGGCGUCAUCAGCAACGCUUUCUACCGCAACGCAGUAGGCGCCAUCGUCGUGUACGACGUCGCGCGCCGCGAGACGCUGCUCAACGUGCCGCGGUGGGUUGCCCGCGUGACGGAGCUGGCACGUGAAGAGUGCGUGUGUGUCGUGGUGGGUGCGAAGCUCGACCUGCUCACGGCGCCGCACGGCACGCCGAUGGCGAAGGCAGAAUUGGAAGCUCUGCAGCAGGAGGCAGAUGGCAUCUCCCACGCGCUCGGCAUGCGUAACUUCCUCACCUCUGCCCUGACCGGUGAAGGGGUACUGGAGGCGUUCACGCACCUUGUGCUGGCGGUGGACGCGGUGCAGGCGGCUCCGCCAGAGGCGCGUCGUCAUCCUCAGCAUUAUCACACGCCAGUGCAGAGCACCGUCGGAGAUGGUAACAGCAACAAUAAUAAUACUAGUAGUAACUUGCCGGAGAUGUGGACCGCCGCCUCGACCGUGCCCGCGUCGCCAGUCACGCUUUUCGGCAGUCACGCGGCACAUCGCCGCGGGUGCGAGGAGCCGGGUUGCGCGGUGUCGGUCGCGCAGAACUCGCCAGAGAUUAUGCCGUCGUCCGCCGCGUCGGGGUAUACCUCGCCCGGCUCGGUUGGCCGAGCACUGCAGUUGGGGUCACCGUCUUCGUCGCCGGUCAAGCCGAAUAAGAAGAAGUCGCUGGACCUACGCGGUUUUGGUCCUGUGGAAGGCGGCAGUGCCACGGGGCCUACUAGCGGCGGUGGUGGUGCAAGUGAGUCGUCGUGGGGGUGUUGA